AAAACUCUAGCUCAUUGUCAUUGGUAUAAAGUACAUGCAGCAAUGUUCUUGCAUCACUCUGCACUUACUAUUUAUUAAGAGGUUUUGGAGGCUUAUGUUCAGUCCCUUUUAGAGCUCAUACUGAAGGAACUAAAUCAACAGAGCAGUGCCCUCAUACUACUAUAGACUGAAAAGAACACAACUCGGAAGAAAUGGCUGCACUUACAAUAAUACUAUGGGUUCUACUGAACUUGUCCCAUACUUUGGCAGAGGAUUAUGAAGAGAUACAACAUAUUCAUGGGGUGGAAAAUAAAAUCUCUGUUUUACCAGAUGGUUCCUGUAAAUGCCAAAAAGAAUUGACUAAAUGGGAUAAGCUAUUUGUAAUGUUGGAGGAUUCCCAAAUGAAACAGAACAUCCUACAACACACCACUGAUGAAGUGUGUAAGGUAGAAUUGCAAAGUAUACGUUCUGAAAUGCGUCAGUUUGUAGCCAACUUUGCAGGGACUUGCACAAAUGCCAUGGAUAGUGCAACUUUGCACAUCACAACACAAAUGGACAAGAAACUGGCAUCCACACUGGAAGAAAUCAGUGAAACCAACAUAGAAAUUGAAUCAGAACAGAAAAAUAUACUUCAGCAGCUUCUUUUGGUGAGCCAGGAUCUGUCCAACAGGCUAAAAAAACUUGAGAUGGCUUGGCAAAUGGCAGUGGACAUGAAGGAUCAGAAGCUGUCACUUGGCAUUAAGAAAAGAAUUCCUGAAAACUUGGAAACAACUUUGAAUUCCUUGGCAACUGAACUGCAACAAUCUAAAGCUGAGCUGACAAGAUGUCAGAAGUGGUCAGCUAAACACAUCUUACCAUCAGGUUGUGAUAUGGCACUGAUCUUUCCUAUGCGCUCAAAGAAGAUUUUUGCAAGCGUUCAUCCUGAUGACAUGACUCUUAGCUCAUUUACAGCUUGCAUAUGGGUAAAAGCCACUGAUCUGCUGGAAAAAACCAUUGUGUUCUCCUAUGGAACAAAGAGAAAUCCUUAUCAAAUUCAGCUAUACUUCAAUCGGUCCUCUGCUGUGCUCUCUGUGCAUAGUGACACGAGCAAAAUUGUUGCCGAAAAUGUAGUCUCCCUUGGUCAGUGGACAUAUUUCUGUGCAACAUGGAGUGCUGAAGAUGGAAAUGCGACACUUUGGGUGAAUGGAAAACUUGCUGUUGCUUCUUCAGGAAUGGCUGUUGGCCACAAUAUCCCAAAUGGAGGACUACUGCAAUUGGGUCAAGAAAGCAAUGGCUGUUGCAUUGGAGGUGGCUUUGAUAAAAACUUAGCCUUUUCAGGAAAGUUGACUGGGUUCAAUAUAUGGGACAGGGUCAUUUCCAAACAUGAAAUACAGGGCUUGACUGGUAAAGAUGAUUCCUGCAACAUUAGAGGGAAUGUUGUUGGCUGGAGUGUCACAGAGGUUCUGCCGCAUGGAGGAGCUGAAUUUAUUUACUAUUAAUUGCAUUUGAUUUUUGUUGCAAAUUAACAUGCUCAAAAAAUGGAUCUCAAAUUGUUAACAUUGUAUGAUGUUCAAUCAUAAGAAAAAAAAGACUAUUUAUAUUACAAAAUGCUCCAGAUUCAACUGCAGAGUGAACUUUGUAGUAUAAAUCUCCCACAAUAUUAUUCCUGUACAGAAAUUCUCAUCUCUGGUAAGGGAUUUAUACUGAUAGUAAGAUAUGUAUGUCAGACUGUUACUACAUUAAUUCUAUUUGGUUCAUGAGUUUUGUUUGCUGGCAACAACAGAGGUGUCAUCCCUGAAGCCUUGGCACCUGGAUCUUAAGAUCCAAUAUCUGCAACACCAGAAAAUGUUCAUCUUGCUUUCCUCCUCAACCCCUAGAGUGGCCUGGUAAGAUUCACUUUAGGAAUGAGGACAAACGCAGUCUUAAUAUAAAUUCAGAUGGAAAGUUACAUUUCAAAACAGUUAAUGCUCUCAAAUACUAUUAUUUUUACUUUACAAUUUUGAUUUAACUGUAAUGCAAAUAAGUGCAUGCUUACAUUCAUUUGAUGACGCAUAAUUGAUUAGCAAGAAGUAUUAAAGGAAGGAACUUAACCUCUCCAUUCUACAAAGAAAAAUUGUCAUUGCUUAACACAUGCUUAAGAUGUGAAAAAUUGUAACUUUGUAAUCUAAGUUACAUUGCUUUACAAAGUCUGUAUUAUACAGUAAAAGUUCUCUAAUAUCAGUCAUCUAAUUAUUCUAUCAUAAAGAGUCUAAUUUUAUAAUAAACUGUUAAAUAAUA